AUGGGUGAUCGGCUGGGAAUACGCGGUGUUGCUGACUUUCGGGAGCUUGAAACAAGGCUAUUAGAGAAAUCGCCCUCGUCAGGGCGAAUCACAACGGCUUCAGAUCCUUGUCAGGGUGAAUCACAACGUCUUCAGAUCCUCCAGUGGAAGGGGCGAAUCACAAUGUCUUCAGAUCCUCCAGUGGAAUGCUUGGAAUGUCACAGGACAAAAAGAUCCAAAUGGGGCUACAAGGAUACAAACAUAGCUGGAAAGGAAAUCGAAGACAUGCUAAACAGCAACCCCCUGGAACGUAUUUACAGCAAUGAAGAUCCGGCUACAUAUUUGCACUACAAUGGAUCCAGAACAACUCCUGACUUACUCCUGGCUUCAAGCGACAUCAGGGAGCAUACACGCCGCGAAAUAAUUGGCGAUCCUGGUUCUGGUCACAAACCAGUCAUUGCUAGUAUUAACAUCGGCAGCAAAAGCAUGACAAGGAAAGUGCCAACUAAGAUAUCAUGGAACUUCAAGAAGGCUGACUGGCCUAGAUUCACAAACCUUUUAGAGAAUGAACUUCACCAAAGUCACCUCAACUUCAACUAA